CCGCCCUGCGCCGCCUGGCCCACCACCUCCUGGCCCGCUACCAGAAGGGCACCCGGCCUGUGCGGGACUGGCGGACGACCACCAACGUGGCCAUCGACCUCAUGGUCUAUGCCAUCCUCAGCGUGGUGAGUCCUCUGCUCCCGUUCCUGGCCGCAGGGAGGGGAGCGGUACCUGGCGCGCAGCAUCCUCUGGGCGUGCCCUGCCCCGCCCCGACACCGCUCCCGUCUUCGCAGGAUGAGAAGGACCAGGUGCUGACCACCUACAUCUGGUACAGGCAGGUGAGUAGCCACGACACCUCGCCCCUUCCCUGUGGCCCCCCUCGGGGUCCAGCACCCCCAAACCCCGUGUUUUCCUGUGAGAGAAGUGUGCAGUCCUGCAGGAGAGCAGGGGGGGAACCCAUCCUGGGGGCUGGCGAGACCUCUGUAGCACAUGAACCUCAAGGCUCAGCUUUCAUGCUCCCUGGCUUGCACUGUCGAAGGAUUAUUCUUCCCUCCCUCCCACGGGUGGGAAGCUUGCCUGGUGCUAGCCUGGGGUCUGUGUGCUGCCGGAGGGGAAGGGCCUCACCCACCAGGUCCCCUCUCCAUUGUCCCCAGCACUGGACAGAUGAGUUCCUCAAGUGGGACCCAGCUCGCUUCGACAACCUGACGGAGAUCUCCCUCCCUGUCGAGAGCAUCUGGGUGCCUGACAUCCUCAUCAAUGAGUUUGUGGAUGUUGGAAAGUCCCCACACGUCCCCUACGUUUACGUCAGCCAUCACGGGGAGGUGCAGAACCUCAAGCCCAUCCAGGUGAUGACUGCCUGCAGCCUGGACAUCUACAACUUCCCCUUCGACGUCCAGAACUGCUCCCUGACCUUCACCAGCUGGCUGCACCACAUUCGCGAUAUCAACCUCUCGCUGUGGCGGCAGCCGGAGCUCGUCAAGUUCGACCAAAGUGUCUUCAUGAACCAGGGCGAGUGGGAGCUGCUCUACGUCCUCAGCCACUUCCAGGAGUUCAGUGUCAAGAGCAGUGACAGCUACGCUGAGAUGAAGUUCUAUGUGGUCAUCCGGAGACGCCCCCUCUUCUACACCGUCAGCCUGCUGCUCCCCAGCAUCUUCCUGAUGGUUAUGGACAUUGUGGGCUUCUACCUCCCUCCCCACAGUGGUGAGAGGGUCUCGUUCAAGAUCACUCUCCUGCUGGGCUACUCGGUUUUCCUCAUUAUUGUGUCCGACACACUGCCAGCUACUGCCGUCGGCACCCCGUUGAUAGGCAUCUACUUUGUGGUGUGCAUGGCACUGCUCGUCAUCAGCCUGACAGAGACCAUCCUGAUUGUGCGCCUGGUGCACCAGCAAGACCUGCAGCCCCAGGUCCCUACGUGGGUGAAACACCUGCUGCUGGAAAGAGCCACCAUCCUGCUCUGUGUCCGGGACAGGAAGAAAUUCAGCCAAAGCAGGACGCAAAGCUUGGACACCUCCAGGCAGGCGGAGAACAAUGACAGCACAGCCAAGCCGACCCCCUAUGUCUGUGAGGAGCCCCGGGAGUGCGGGGCAGGGGGGGGCACGAGGGCUGCACUGGCCUUUGCCGGCCGGCCGGAGGGCUCAGCAGCACUGCAGGAGGUCCUGCGGGAGACCACGGCUAUCCGCCAGCUCCUGGAAAAACGGGAGGAAUUCCGCGACGUCGCCCGGGAGUGGCUGCAAGUGGGCUACGUGUUGGAUGUCCUGCUGUUCCGGGUGUACUUGGCAGCCGUCCUGGCGUACAGCAUCACACUGGGCACCCUCUGGUCGGUGUGGAGGGAUGCCUGAGCAGUGCCCGUUGUCAGGGAUGGGAGAUGGGGGACCUCACUCUGGCGGGUUCCCCCUGGCUCUGGGGCUCGCCAGUGUCUGUCGGGCGCAUCCCUCACGUCCCUCAGCUCCGCAACGGGAAGGCGGAGCUGAGCAGGAGCCCCCAGGACUCCAUGACCCUGCCCGAACCUCUCUCCCUGCUUCCCCUGCCAGCCCGGGAGCGCCUCCGGCCCGGCCCGGCCCCGGCCGCGGCUUCAGCACCGCGGACAGCAGCCCCGCCGCCCGGCC